UAGCCCACAUUCUCUCAUGUAGACCAGCAGCCAUUCAUGUUGUUGGACUACUGCUGUCGUUGUUUUGGAUUCACACUCAUAAAACGCCAUGGACCUUUCUCCCUCAAGACGACGCCCAGUGACACCUUGGUGGUCCUUCAGAACCUGUUGAUGUGCAUGGUGUGCUUCUACUCUCUCUACUACACGGUGGUCAGCCUCUGCAUCGGACUGCUCAGGGUUCAUGAGAUCAACAGCUUGUUGGCUCCAUUCGACUACACCACACAACCGUCAUGGCAGAACCCCAAAUACCUCGUUGGUGUGAUUUCCACAGAAGUGACCUACGUGUUGGGAGGGCUGAUAUUCGCCUGGAUAGUCGAGGAGUGGGUUUGGGAUUACGCCAUAACUGUCACACUGCUGCACAUCGCGAUGACUGUGGCAGUGAUGUCCGACUUCCCUUCAGCUGAGCACUGGUGGAUAGCUCUGGGUGCAGGCCUGGUGAUGAUGAUAUUUGGAGGACAGCUCAUGGCCCAUAAACUCUUCAGAAACAACUUUGUCUCUCCCGCUGAACUACAGAACUUCUAAUGAACGCAAUGAAAGCUUUUAAUUGGUUUACUGGUUAAGCUCAGGUCUGAAUGCACCCAAUGGGUUCACUUUUUAAAAGACUGUCACAUCCCUCCUUGUACAAAUGUCCCAACGUUGUCUUUUUUCUAAAGCAUAUUCUGUACAGUUAAAAAAAAGAAUAAAAAGUUGAAACAAAUCCACUGGUAAAUUAAGCCAGCAAUGUUUUUUUAAAUAAUGUUAGUGUUUUAUUUAUACUGUCUUUCAUACCAAGUUUGUAGAGUGUAGGUUGUAGUACAAUAAAGACGAUUAUUAUCUAUUAGUAUUUUAAUUAUUGUAUUAGUUCAAACUGGAUUCAUAUUAAAUACUGCAAGUUAAAUGUU